AUUAGGCUGAAAAGAAGAAGAAGAAAAAGAACUGGUGGGAAAUUUGACAGUGCGCGAAAAGUUCACAUGCAAACAAAGGUUAAGAGCCAAUGUACUAAUGUUUACACACGAUGGACCGGUACGUGUUGGUAAUAUCUUUUUGUCAAACUGAUGUCGAGGCGGAGGAUCAGUUUAAAUAUCUGGAGCCAGUGAAGCGCAUUUACAACAGACUGGUGGACAUUUCAACUCAAGAAUCAGAGAGAGGGAUCUCUCUGUUUCCAGCUUGCUCUCUGAAUGGCAGCCCAUCAUGUCUGAAGUGGUACUUUGCUGUUCAGGCUUGUCUGGGAGUAUCACAGUUUUGCAGCUUGGACUGGGAACCGUUGGGGACAGGUCAUCAGAAAACUGACAGCGAGGAGGAGAAACUUUCUGUUGUGGACUCAUGUUUCAGUUGUCUGAGUAAUCAGGAGGCACCGGAUCAAAAAGCAGAUCAGUCGGCACUGACAGAGUUGUUGGAGGAGGCUGCUGAUGGACUGCAUCUACUGUCGGACAAGUUACCACCUCCAGGUAAAGCUCUGUUGGAUGUGCUGGUGUUGGGCUCUGCUGACCAAUCCCCUCCUGUUAAAGACCUUCUACCUUUGCUGGGAGCCCUCAAACACAUGUCAUGUUGGCAUUCUGCUAAGAUCAAUGUAGUCACACAACAUACAGCUGGGUGGCAAAAAGUAGCUUCUUACCUGAGUGCUGCUUUGGAGGUGCCCUCUGACCUGGACAGCUGUAUUGACCACAAGGAACUGUGGAGGGGCAGCCUGGUUAUCAGAGAGAAGAAGUACGUGUCAGAGCUCCGUUUCAAUGGCUUUUCGCUGCGUUCCCCGGUGCAUCACAGAUCAGGGUCCAGUCUCUUGCAUCUGCCCUGCACCUCUACAGACCACAAACUACAGUCUGAGGUCUUUCAUUACUACGCUCCGGCUUUAGACUUGGUUCAGCUGGUUAAUCUGUCAGACCUGCCCAGCUUUGUGAUGUCCAGCUCCUGUUUUGAACUAGGCCUGUGUGGAAAGUCAGCAAAGGCUAAACUUCUGCUGGACCAGCUGAGGUCACUGCGUGGACAGGUUGGGGCAUUGUUCAGUCUGUCCUGUGUAAUCACUCCCAUCGCCCAGGCUGCAGCCAGCCAAAUCAGCUCCCAGCGCUGGAGGGAGUCUAUAGACCGGAGGCUUAAGUCCAUACCUGUGCCUGAUGUUGAGGUGAAAGGUGAAAGUGCUCACUUCUUCCUGUUGGUCCAGGGAGCAGACGAUACUGGGUUUGGAUCCUGCAGGGUCAGGAUGUUGCACUCAACCAGUCAAAUUAAUGGAGCAGCUGCCAUGGCAACCCUUACGGGGUUGAUGAGAGAGAAGUGUCUUUCUUCAUCAGGAGGCAAUGUAGCCAAGAUCCUCAGUACUCUCCCUUGUCUCCAAGGAGACGGCCUACUGAAGAGAGAGAGGAAGGUGACCCAGGUUCAGGCUCUGGUACUUAAGGAAUAUCGCAGACAGAAAGAAGAAGAAGAGGAAGAGUACAACUCAACUUCAAUACCCAUCAAUGAUGUGAAGGCCAUUUUAAGUCUGGCAAGGGAGCAGUAUCUGAACAUGCUGGACUCCACUCUGCUCCCGGCUGCCGCCUGUCUGACCAACAAGCAGGGGACUGCCAAAAAAUCAGUUUUUCAGACUGUUUCCCACCAGCCGUCUGAGUGGCCUGAGAGGAGCGUCCUCCACAACAUAGAGAACCUGCUGAAGAGACGACAGAGGAAGAGAUUUGGACUGUUAGGUCCAGGCUCCAGUGACAGCCUGCUGGGUCCCAAAGAUAGUCAGAAGACAUCUGCUCUCUUAGAUGCCAAGGAGCUUCUGAAACACUUCACAUCUGAUGGUUUGCCUGCUGGGGAGCUACAGCCACUGGCUAUCAAUAGAGGUACUAAUGUGUUUCAGUUGUCACCAGACCUCUCUCCGGGGAGAGCAAGCAAACUGCCCUUCGACAAGGCCUCAGCGUCACAUUACCAUGGCAUCGAAUUCUGCUUGGACAAUCAGCGGUCUUUGGAUCGGGACCAGGCCUUUGUGAGGCUCCAGUCCCGCCUAAUCCGGCAUGAGACCCAAAGUACCUGCACCAAAGAGCCAUGUGCCCUCCCCUUCGCCCUCAGUCCCGCCCCCUCCCCUGCCGUGAUGUCGGAACCAGGAAGUGUACCUGACGGAGAGAGUCUGCAGAAUGCUGACGUAGCACGACUCAAGCGUAGAUCCUGGGACACGGACAUUGUCGGUGGUUAUUCUCGCAAGCGGCUGGUGAAGUCCGAGAGCAGCGACUCACUCUGUUCUCAGAGCAGUGGUAGCAGUGGGACGCACCCUGUCAUUAGGUCUCUCAGACAACAGCCAAGCAGAUCCCAGUCCACUUCUGCCUCCAUCACUGCUUCUUCUUCAGUCACCAGACGGACAUCCUCGGUGACGCUACCUGAUGCUGAUAAACCUAAAGCUCCACAGCAGACACAACAUGUUCAGUCAGAGGAGAAACUUGCUGCCAAAGAGUCACGUUCUCAGAAACACAACAGGAUGUUGCAGGAAGUUGUAGCUAAAACACUCAAACUCCACGGGAUCAACACUGAGCACGAGUGCUUUGACGCCUGCAGCAAAAGACUGUUUGAUAUCUCCAAAUUCUAUCUCAAGGAUCUUAAAACCUCUCGGGGCCUGCAUGAUGAGAUGAAGAAGGCAGCCAGCAGCAACGUCAAGCAGGUCAUUGACUGGGUGCUGGAGAAGACCUCGGUCAAGCGAAGACGGCCUUGAAGCCUAAGUGGAAAAAAUAUUUCAUUUUUAAAUCUUUGGAAUUUUUGCUUUGUGAACCAAGUU